CAAAUUUUCAUUUCCAAGAAAAACUAAUUAAGAGGACUAGUUUAUGAACUUUUGCGAUUGUAUCUUUGUUUUUAGACCUUUAGCUUCCUUCUCGCGUUCCAUUUGACCAAUAAAAUAUACGAAUGAAGAUUUGCAAGUUUCGUUCAAUAGAUCGAGGUACUCGAUAAUCCGAAACAUCAGGUCCUGAGUAUAUGCUCAAUGUCACAUCUAUUUUAUCUUCAGUCGAUGAUGCAACUGGUGUUUAUAAUCCAUUUAAAAGAAAGCAUAAGGAGAAAUAAAUAACGUACGUGUGCAAUGGAAGUUCUUGAACUGAAAGACGUUAAAGCUGUACCCGAUAUUAUUCAUCCUUAUCUGGAUAGAGUAAAAUCUGAAGCAACGCCGCUUGUGAUUGACAAUGGAUCGUACAAUUGCAGAGUCGGAUGGGCUACAGAGAAGGAGCCUCAGUUAAUAUUUAAAAAUCUCAUUGCAAAACCACGCAAGGAGCGUGGCAAGAAGGACGGUGAGCCUCAAGUUGGGAAUGACAUAGCUAACAUUGAAGCUGUCCGAUUUCAAUUAAAAACACAGUUCGACAGGAACGUAGUGACACAUUUUGAAGCUCAGGAACAAAUAUUUGACUAUACGUUUACUCACAUGGGAAUAGAUACAGAGGGUGCAGUGAAUCAUCCCGUUAUCUUGACAGAGGCGUUUCUGAAUCCUAAUUAUUCGCGAAAUUUGAUGGCUGAACUUUUAUUCGAGUGUUACAACGUACCUGCUAUAGCGUAUGGAGUGGAUUGCUUGUUUUCCUAUCAGCACAACAAUUGUCCAUCGGAUGGUUUAAUCAUUAGCAUUGGGUAUCACACUACGCACAUAAUACCCAUAUUGGAUGGUAAAGCGGAUCCUGUAAAUUCAAGGAGAAUCAAUAUCGGCGGAUACCACAUUACAUCUUACAUGCACAGGCUGCUCCAACUGAAAUAUCCAGUUCAUGUUAAUGCAAUAACACCCAGUCGAGCAGAGGAAUUAAUACAUGAACAUUCAAUGAUAGCUUUAAGUUAUCAAGAAGAGAUUUCUAAAUGGGCGGAUCCAGAUUAUUACGACACGAAUGUAUUAAGGGUACAAUUACCCUAUGUUGCACCCGCAAAUGCUCCCGGAUUAACAGUCGAGCAACAGAAGGAAAGAAAACGCGAAUUAGCUAGAAGGUUAAUGGAAAUCAACGCGAGGAAAAGAGAAGAGAGAUUGGCGGAAGACGAGGAACAAUUGAAUCAGUUACUAGCCGUUCAAGAUUUAUUGGAGGAAGGUGAAACGGAUGAAUUCGACCAAGCGUUGAAAACUUACUCUCUCGCAAACGAGGCAGAUCUGAUAAAAAUGAUCAACAAUCUGCAAGCAAAAGUGGAGAGAACUAGACAAAAGAUAGUAGCGGCUAAUUCACAAGAGGAGAACAUCGCAAUGGAGGAACAGAAGCCAAAAAUAAAGUCGAGUUUGCAACCAAAAGAUCAGCAAGAUUUUGACGAAUGGAUCGCUGGUGUCCGAAAGAAAAGACAGGAGAUAUUAGAAAGACGAAUGGCAAAGAGACAGCGUAGACAAGACAUGGCGAAACGCAGAACAGCUGCUGCACAGGAAAGAAUGCGUAUAAUAAGCCAAUUAGCGAGAAAAGAGAAACGCGAUGAUGAUUUUGGUAUGAGAGACGAGGAUUGGGACGUUUACAAAGAAGGUGGAGACUCGGACUCGGAAGUGGAACAAGAAAAGCUUAUGGAACUCGAGGAUGUAUUACGGCACCAUGAUCCAGAAUUCGACGGUGCUGGAUCCAAUGUUCCCAUGGUACCUGGAGAAACUCAUCAGUUACACGUGGGAGUAGAACGCUUGAGAGCUCCAGAGAUACUGUUUCAACCGUCGAUGAUAGGUUCUGUGGAAGCUGGCAUCGCAGAGACAAUCGAGUUCAUUCUGAAGCUUUAUCCGCCUGAACAGCAAUCGCGACUCGUAGGAAAUAUAUUCCUCACUGGUGGACCAACGAGAUUUCCUGGUUUGCUCGAGAGAUUGAAUCGUGAGCUUCGUGAAAUGCGACCGUUUGGAUCGGGUUUCCAGAUAAACAUCGCAAAAAAUACCAAUCUAGAUGCAUGGUACGGCGCCAGAGAUUUUGGCUUAAACGGGAACCUUCCUGAAUUUUUAGUGAGCAAGAAGGAAUACGAGGAGAAAGGCGGUGAAUAUUUUAAAGAACACUCGACCAGUAAUACUUACACUCGUUCUCCUGAUCCUUUGCCCACGGUGCAGGCUGCUGUGACGUCGGAACAGGUCAUCGUGGAGGAUGCUGUCGUCGACGUUGAAAUGGAUUGCAUGGUGGGACAGAGGAUAAGUGACAGCUAUGUACAGUACAUACUUGCCUUAGUUGUACCAUCGUUACGUUUUUAUCAUACGUACCUAUAUUCUCGAUAA